GAGGCGAAAGAUCUCUUUUUCCGUGACAACUGAUUUUCUCUGGCGGAAUUCUUCCAGAGGCUGCUGGAGGAUUCUCGGGCCCAGAGGGCAUGCCAAAAAGGCAGUCAGACAGUUGGUUUAUGAGUCAUUCUGUCUCUCUCUCUCUCUCUCUUUUUUUUUUCUUGAGACGGAAUUUCGCUCUUGUUGCCCAGGCUAGGGUGCAAUGGCGCGAUCUCGGCUCACCGCAACCUCCGCCUCCCAGGUUCAAGCGAUUCUCCUGUGUCACCCUCCCUAGUAGCUGGGAUUACAGGCAUGUGCCACCACGUCCGGCUAAUUUUGUAUUUUUAGUAGAGACGGAGUUUCUCCAUGUUGGUCAGGCUGGUCUCGAACUCCUGACCUCAGGUGAUCCGCCCUCCUCGGCCUCCCAAAGUGUUGGGAUUACAGGCGUGAGCUACUGCGCCCGGCCCAUUCUGUCUCUCUUACAGCCAAGUAUUCUAGAGCUAUCUUCCGGCUGCGGGGAAUGUGAACUGAAGAGAAAGGUGUCCUCUCUUCUCAUAAAGAGACCCAAAGACGAAUGCCCCGCAGGAUCAGUGGUCAAUUGGUCAGGGCAGGGACUACAGAAAUUAGGUCCAAAUUUACCCUGUGAAGCUGAUAUUCACACUUUGAUUCUGGAUAAAAAUCAGAUUAUUAAAUUGGAAAAUCUGGAGAAAUGCAAACGAUUAAUACAGUUAUCAGUGGCUAAUAAUCGGCUGGUUCGGAUGAUGGGUGUGGCCAAGCUGACGUUGCUUCGUGUAUUAAAUUUGCCUCAUAAUAGCAUUGGCUGUGUGGAAGGGCUAAAGGAACUAGUACAUCUGGAAUGGCUGAAUUUGGCAGGAAAUAAUCUUAAGGCCAUGGAACAGAUCAAUAGCUGCACAGCUCUACAGCAUCUCGAUUUAUCAGACAAUAACAUAUCCCAGAUAGGUGAUCUAUCUAAAUUGGUAUCUCUGAAAACCCUGCUUUUACAUGGAAACAUCAUCACCUCUCUUAGAAUGGCACCUGCUUACCUACCCAGAAGUCUUGCUAUACUUUCUUUGGCAGAAAAUGAAAUCCGAGACUUAAAUGAGAUCUCUUUUUUGGCAUCCUUAACUGAAUUGGAACAGUUGUCGAUUAUGAACAAUCCUUGUGUGAUGGCAACACCAUCCAUCCCAGGAUUUGACUAUCGGCCGUACAUCGUCAGCUGGUGCUUAAACCUCAGAGUCCUAGAUGGAUAUGUGAUUUCUCAGAAGGAAAGUUUGAAAGCUGAAUGGCUCUAUAGUCAAGGCAAGGGGAGAGCAUAUCGGCCUGGCCAGCACAUCCAGCUUGUCCAAUAUCUGGCUACAGUCUGCCCCCUUACUUCUACGCUAGGUCUUCAAACUGCAGAGGAUGCCAAACUAGAGAAGAUUUUGAGCAAACAGAGGUUUCACCAGAGGCAGUUGAUGAACCAAAGCCAAAAUGAAGAGUUGUCUCCUCUUGUUCCUGUUGAAACAAGGGCAUCCCUUAUUCCUGAGCAUUCAAGCCCUGUUCAAGAUUGCCAGAUAUCCCAGGAAAGUGAGCCCAUCAUUCAAGUCAAUUCUUGGGUUGGGAUAAACAGUAAUGAUGAUCAGUUAUUUGCGGUUAAGAAUAAUUUUCCAGCCUCUGUACACACUACGAGAUAUUCUCGAAAUGAUCUGCACCUGGAAGACAUACAGACGGAUGAGGACAAGUUAAGCUGUAGUCUUCUCUCUUCAGAGUCUACUUUUAUGCCAGUUGCAUCAGGACUAUCUCCACUAUCACCUACAGUUGAGCUGAGGCUGCAGGGCAUUAACUUGGGCCUAGAAGAUGAUGGUGUUGCAGAUGAAUCUGUGAAAGGGCUGGAAAGCCAGAUGUUGGAUAAGGAAGAGGAAAAGCCUUUAUGGGCUGCAAAUGAGAAUUCUGUUCAAAUGAUGAGAAGUGAAAUCAAUACAGAGGUAAAUGAGAAAGCUGGGCUAUUACCUUGUCCUGAGCCAACAAUAAUCAGCGCUAUCUUGAAGGAUGAUAACCACAGUCUUACAUUUUUUCCUGAGUCAGCUGAACAGAAACAACCAGACAUAAAGAAACCAGAAAAUACACAACCAGAAAAUAAAGAAACUUCAGAGAAACUUCCCAUGAUUUUAACCCAGAGAUCUGUUGCUUUGGGACAAGACAAAGUUGCCCUUCAGAAGUUAAAUGAUGCAGCCACCAAGCUUCAGGCCUGUUGGCGGGGAUUUUAUGCCAGAAACUACAACCCUCAAGCCAAAGAUGUGCGUUACGAAAUCCGGCUAUGCAGAAUGCAAGAGCACAUUGUCUGCUUAACUGAUGAAAUAAGGAGAUUACGAAAAGAAAGAGAUGAAGAACGUAUUAAAAAAUUUGUACAAGAAGAAGCUUUCAGAUUCCUUUGGAACCAGGUAAGGUCUCUACAGGUUUGGCAACAGACAGUGGACCAGCGUCUAAGUUCCUGGCAUACUGAUGUUCCUCCUAUAUCAAGUACUCUUGCGCCAUCAAAACCUCCAUUAUUUACCCAAAGCCAGGAGUCCUCUUCUGAUCAAAAUGCUGAUUGUUUCAUUGCUUCUGAUGUAGCUCCUCAAGAGAAAUCAUUACCAGAAUUUCCAGACUCUGGUUUUCAUUCCUCUCUAACAGAACAAGUUCAUUCUUUGCCGCAUUCUUUGGAUUUUGAGAAAAGUUCCACAGAAGGCAGUGAAAGCUCUAUAAUGGGGAAUUCCAUUGACACAGUCAGAUAUGGCAAAGAAUCAGAUUUAGGGGAUGUUAGUGAAGAACAUGGUGAAUGGAAUAAGGAAAGCUCAAAUAACGAGCAGGACAAUAGUCUACUUGAACAGUAUUUAGCUUCAGUUCAACAGCUGGAAGAUGCUGAUGAGAGGACCAAUUUCGAUAAAGAGACAAGAGAUAGUAAACUUCACAUUGCUUGUUUCCCAUUACAGUUAGAUACCUUGUCUGACGGUGCUUCUGUAGAUGAGAGUCAUGGCAUAUCUCCUCCUUUGCAAGGUGAAAUUAGCCAGACACAAGAGAAUGCUAAAUUAAAUGCAGAAGUUCAAGGGCAGCAGCCAGAAUGUGAUUCUACAUUUCAGCUAUUGCAUGUUGGUGUUACUGUGUAGCAUGUUGUGGUCUUUUGGGAGGCAGAUAUCCACUUAACUUUUCUUAAAAAUAUUCAGUUGCCUUUUUUUUUUUUUUUGGAGGGGAGUACUCCCUACCCCUAAUUUUGUUACUAUUUAUAUAGAAUUUGUAUUCAUGUCUCAUAUUUUUCAGAUUCUAGAUAUUGAGCUGAGUUUUCAUUUUGAUUUUGUUAGCUUUUUACUUAGCUGUAAGGUACCAAACUCUUUAUAUUGAAAGCUAUAUGCACUUAUUUCUUAACUGAAUUGCAUCAGCAAUGUUCCUGUUUCUUUCAUGUACUCAUUUACUUUAAAAAAUAAGCUAGAAUAUAUUAAAGAAAAUAGAAAAAAUUACCUUAAAUAUAUAAAUAAGAGAAUUUUGGCCCUUCUUUGUCUGCGAAAAUUAAUUAUAUAGUAAGGAAUGAAAUUUGAUAAAGCAAAUAUAAAUGAGAAAUAUGAGGAUUGUGAAUUAUUGAAAUUUGCCAGUCUCCCUCGUGUAAAAUGUUUUUUUAAAGCCUUUUUUCCUCCUUUCAGAGUCAAAGAAAGCCUUUCUAUAAGCAAAUUAAGGAAGAAAAGGUAGGAUUAUAAGAUUUCUCAAUGGGGAUGAUUAAAUUGUCUCGUGGAAAACUUCAGUUAAUGUCAUGCAUCAGUUUUAACAUAUGAAGUAAAGUGUUCUAUCCAGGAUUAAAGUCAAGUUUACUUAGGCAACAUAAGAAUAUUUCACUUAGAUAUGAAGAAAGGAAAUACUAGUCUCCAUAUACUUGAAAUACUGUCAUGGCAAAUAUUUAUCCUUUCAUUAAGUGCUUUUUCACCCUAUAGAUAAGCAUUUAUGUGCCAACAUGUUGUCAGAAAUUAAUGUAUGUUCAUCUCCUCUGUUCCUGCUUAUAUUUACUUGUGUAUUUCAACAGAAGGUCCAUGGCCAUUCACUUCAAUUUUGACCUUUGUCCCAUAGUGAAGAACAUUUAAAGUAAUACUAAUGGUCGAAUAUAAAUGACUUUUUAGGAACUGCUUUUUGUCUAACCUGAAAAAGUGCCACAUUUGGAAGACAAUUUAGUGAUGGUGAAGAAAUAAUAAACCUCACUUUACUUGUUAAAAGGGAUAUAUAUAUACGUCUGCAACUUCAGGGAGAAAUAAGAUUGUGUUUGAAAAUUAUAGGUAGAUGCAUUUGUAAUUAAGGAUAAUAUCAUUGAACAACAUGUAUUUGGUUUCCCUCAACUUACAGACAUACAGUUAUUUAAAACUAUGGCAAUACUUAAGCGUUCUCUAAAUUUAGGUGCUAAAUAUCUAUCAUUCUGUUGUAGUCAUUAGGUGCCCUUCUCUGAAGUUAUAUAAAAUAAAAGCAUCUGAUCCUUCAAGGAUAAAGUUGAGGAUCACGUGGUACGUGGCAUUUUUUGUUGUUGUUUUUUAAAGAGAUGGAGUCUGGCUCUGUUGGUGCAGUGCCAUGAUCAUAGUUCACUAUAACCUUGAACUCCUGGCUCAAGUGAUCUCCCACUUCAGCCUCCUGAGUAUCUGGGAUUAUAAGCAGGAGCCACUGCUCCCAGCUCAUGGUAUUUGUUGAUAGUCAUAACAUUUUUCCUGUAUGGUAAGAUAUAUUUUUCCCAGUUUAUAAAUACGUAGCACUCAGGUUGAGACGACUUGGAUUUUAUUCUUAGAAAUCCAGAAUCCCUUGAAAAGGAAAUAUUUUCUGUUUCUUAUAAAUAAAACAGUAAUCUUACUUUCAGAAGGAUUUUCCUUAGUGAAACAUGUGUAACAUUGAAUGCAUGUUAAAUAAAAAUGGAAUUUCUAACUUUUUUCAA